AUGGGGAUCAAAUACAAGCCAACGUUGAUCCUCCACGGGGGAGCCGGCGCUAUCAGUCGUGCAAAUCUGCCGCCCGAUCUGUACGCGCAGUAUCACCGCUCUCUCCUCACAUAUCUCGUCAGAACCCGCGAAAAGCUAGACGCUGGUGUCACAGCCCUCGAUGCAGCUGUCUAUGCUGUCUCACUCAUGGAAGAUGAUCCCUUGUUCAACUGCGGACGCGGCAGCGUGUUCAAUCUGGAUGGAGAGAUCGAGAUGGAGGCUAGUGUGAUGGUGACGAGUAUGCAACAUGCUGAUUGUGCAUCAGACAGCCCGCAGGUAGGUUUGCUAAGCAGUAUGGAGGGUCAAUGGCCGUUACGGGCACGGAUGGGUGGACUGAAGAAGCGCGCUGCCGCCGUGAGUAUGAUCCAAGAGACACGCCAUCCAAUCCAGCUCGCCAGACAGGUACUUCUUGAAGGCGACUGUGAUGAUGCCGGAGUCCGCGACAUGCAUUGCCAUCUCAGUGGGAGGCCCGUGGAGGAGUCUGGCUGGAACAAAGGGCUCGAACGAAAGAGCAAGGAUUGGUUCUGGACGGAGAGGAGAUGGAAGGAGCAUCUGAGAGGCCUAGAGAAGACGGACUCGACGCACCAAGGACUGAUGGACAAUGGUGUAUUGCCAAGUCAAGGCACAGUGGGCGCUGUGUGCCUCGAUCAGAACGGCAACCUUGCUGUUGCGACGAGCACAGGCGGACUCACAAACAAGAAGCCAGGUAGGAUAGGUGAUACGCCGACUGCUGGCGCAGGCUUCUUUGCGGAGAGCUGGUAUGAGGAGGACUGCGAAAAUGCAGCAAUCAGGGGCUCAACACGGUUUGCCGAGAUGUCAUUCCCUGAUUUUAUACCAAGAGCACUCUCAGACUGCAUACCAAUACUUUUAUUCAAGCCAACAAAUGCAUUCGAGCCAUUUUACUCACAUCCUUCCGAUAUACCAAGCGUCCAUUUCAACAUGCGAUCAGACUUGAGACCUCACCACACGACUUCGCGCAGAGCAGCACCGCGGCGUGCAGUAGCCAUAUCUGGAACUGGGAAUGGCGACUCAUUCCUUCGUCUUUGCGCAGCCCGGACUGCCGCCAGCCGCUGUCGAUAUGGCGGGCAAAGUCUAGCCACUGCCGUGACUGCUGUGGCUGGAACCCACGGCGAGCUGCAAUUGUCCGCUGGCGAUCGAUUUGGUCGGACAGGGGAAGGCGAAGGCGGACUCAUUGGCAUUGAGAUUGACUCGAGCGGAUUGUCUCGCACCGUCUUCGACUUCAACUGCUCCGCCAUGUGGCGUGCAUACUACGAAGUUCUUGAUGAGAAGGAGGUCCCAAAAGUCAUGGUCUUCCGUGACGAGUAUAAGUAG